CUUGACAGUUGUGUAGAGGCGAUGCAGGGGACUUAAGGCCGCCAGAGAAGACACCGCAUUUCAAGGAAUAUACCUCGCCAGACACAAUGACGGAAAAUAAAGGGAUGGAGUGGAUGUUGAGGAAGCCGGAUGUAAGCUAUAAGGCCUGGACCGUGAGUGCUUGGAGUCACCCAGCUCAAAUCUCAGCAACCUCAGUGACAGGACAUCGGUAGCCGACUUCCCGGCUUUGCUAGCCCGCAGUCCCUUCCCUCUUUAAUUCCCCCCCGCUCCAGAACCACGGAUGUCUGAUUUUUUUCCUGUCGCGAAACAAAAACUCGCCCCUGUCAGACGGAUCUCAACUGAGCGUGUUACACCUGUCUGCUUUCAUUCAAGUGAAAAGCAUGACCUGCUAGUCCUCUGCUGCGAAUCUGACCGCUAGGGAUCAAGCUAGCAUCCUCUUUGGAGUUGGAUGGGACACCCACAGCAUCUCCUGCCCGGGACGCGUCCGAGCCUCUGCGCGGCUCUCCGCACGGGAACGCCGACUUAACGAGGAAGUGAGCUUGAGAAAAAAAAAAAAAAAAAUGUCGAGGAACAUUGUCUCUCAUCCGCGUCGCAGGUGCUACAAGGACAGCUUUUAGAUGCCAAAUGUGAUGACCGUACUGAGCUUGCACCAUGUACGUGGCUGGCCGUGUCUGUCUCCAGCCCUGCGGAUGACACUCACUCGGGCACCGGGGGUCGAGAGCAGACUUCAGCGGCGGCGCGGAUACACCGUUGCCGGGUAGUGCUGUGAGACUUGACGUGAGCCCUGCUAGCGGCAAGCUAGGAGGCUAACAGCACAAUAUUUUUGCAAAGAGACCCAACUACCCACACCAAUGGUAUCCCAUAAGGUUUUAGUCGCAAUAAUAUUACUAAAUGUGUAUAUAGGUGUACAGUCUGUUUUUUACUUUUUCGGCGGCGUCAUUUUAACAGUCCUGUUUGCUAUGGCAUUUUUAAAUGGACCCAGGCUGCUGGACUGGGCGAAUUCACCUCCACAUCUUCAGUUUAAUAAAUACGUCCUGACGGGAUACCGGCCAAGCUCCUCUGUGCAAGACUGCAUCAGAAGCCUCUUCUACCUGCACAAUGAACUCGGAAACAUAUACACUCACGGCAUCCCUCUGGUUUGCUUCCUGGUGCUGCUGCCUCUCAACAUUCCCUGGUCCCAGAUCAGCGUCACCUGGUUGGGCGUGGUCCACUUCCUGGCUUGCCUGUCGCCUCAGCUGGGCUCCGUGCUCUACCACCUCUUCAUGAACCACGAGGGAGGCGAGCCCGUCUACCACACCCUCCUCAAACUGGACGUGUGUGGAAUCUGCAUGAUCAACACGCUGGGGGCGCUGCCCAUCGUCUACAGCACGUUGCUGUGCUACCCGUUCAUCCGCACCGUGGCCCUCUUGGUCUACAUCCUGCUCUCCAGCCACGCCAUCUACUGUGCCGUCACGGCUCGGAGCAGCGUUCGCCGGCUGCGCUCCUUUGCCUGGCAAGCGCUUUUCCGCUUCUCCUUCUUCCUGCUGCGCUGGGUGGGCGUCGGCGGCGGCAGCCCCACGUCGCUGCGCCACUUCCUCACGAUGGACGCGCUGGCCGUGCUGGGCGGGGUCAUCAACAUCAUGCGCAUCCCGGAGCGCUUCCGUCCGGGCCUCUUUGACUACUGGUGCAACAGCCACCAGAUCAUGCACGUACUGGUGGUAGGCUCCAUCCUCUACCUGCACUGGGGCGUGCUGGACGACCUGUUGUGGAUCAACAGCUACAACUGUCCCUCGGACUGACCCCUCCCACGGCCCCCCACCCCCAGACAAGGAGCACUGGGGUGGUCACUGAAAGACCUCUGGGGGAGGGAGGGAGGGGGGGUGGGGGGGUGGGGGGGGGGACGACUGAUGCGGUAAGGUCAGACGAGAUGUUGUCCGUGCAUGUGUUCAUCUCAUGCGCUCCAACCUAGAAUGUUCAUAUCUACGUUCAUCUUGUGCGAAAGCAGGCAAAAGUUUGUCAAGUAACACGCACAAGCAGUUUGACUCUCUCACUUGCCGUAAACAUGGACGAACAGGUGUAUACACACACACACACACACACACACACACACACACACACACACACACACACACACACACACACACAGAGGAUAAUAGAGAUAUUCAAAGCAGUAAAUCUAACAAACAUUGAAUACUAUAAAGUCUGAGGUAACGGCUCUAGUUAAAGGUUCCUGCUGAUUUUAAAGCCUUUACUUAAUAGUAGAAGUUAAACUUUACUUGAAGCGGCCCGUUCAGAGAGUCUGCGGCUAAACGAUAUCACACACACUCGAGUCCUCUCAGAUGUCACCGUUGCUACCUAUGCAGCACAUCCAUAUCUAAACUCAUGAACACAGCAUACACAGCACAACGCGCUGACACCCUCUCUCCCUCGACAUUUUUGAAUACUACAUGUACAUAAAGUAUUGCACGCAGCACUCAUCGAGUUCUCACUACGUCCAAGUGACUUGAGUUUUACAGGACCGGUUGUCUUGUCCCUGUUUCCUUGUUUUCCUGACGCUGCCUCCCUUUUUUUUUUUUUUUUUUUUCUUUUUUUUAUUGACCCGUGUGUCGAUCUGAUUUGUCACUCAGUGAGAUGAAAUUGGAGAUGGGUGAGAAGGUUCAUUCCUGAGCGUGCUAGCAUGUUAGCCACGAGUUGACCUUGCUUAAAAGACUGCACAUUAGGAGAAAUCCUGCAGUCUUAAUUGCUCUGUUUCGCAGCCUGAGCUAAGUGCCAAUGGAAACCGAGGCAUUUUUUUUUUAGAAUCAGAAAAGGAAAGUUCACACGUUUACAAGCUGCGUUGUUCAGUAGAAUUACUGUUUGGAUACGUCUGUGUUAUUUAUUCUUUAAUAUUUAUGAUAGGCUCUAAAGUUAACAAAGCUUGUCCUUACACAGAAGAUACGUUUUAAGUUAUUAACUGUCUAAUAUGUUUAAAUGUUUUUAUGCACAUCUGUUGUUGAAUAGCUCUCUAAUGUUCACUUUCAAACAACAGAAUAGUAAAAAAAAAACAACAAAAAAAAAACACUUUUAAUGACGACUACAUUUGAAUGAAAAGCCAGCAUGUGAACAAUCGAUCUGGACGAGCAUGUGGCAGCAACACGCACCCGAAGCCGACCUUUGUGUCAGCGCACCGUGCGCAGAACACUGUAAGGAAAUAUAUUUUAUUUAUUAUUCUUUUAUUUAUUUGUUCGCCGCUGCAUUGAUAGUUGUGCACACGUAGGCCAGCUGAACAGUUUUUCUGUUGAUGCUGUGCAGGAUCACCGGCUGACAGGUCAAGUUAGAGGUCAGAGAAAAUCUUUUGUUUGAGUCAGAGCAUGCAAAUCUAGAGGAUUAGCUGCUUAUCCUCCCACCCCUCCACACACACACACACACACACACACACACACACACACACACACACUGCUUUCACUGAGUUUUGACUCCAGUAAUAUUGUAGAAAUAGAUCUAUCUCAGUUCAUAUAACAUUUACACAAAUUCAGCGAUCGAGUAUUUGACUUUCAAAGCAGCACUCCUCUGAAGAUUUUAUUUUCAUCUCAUUUUUACUCUGGCUAGAAAGGAAAUGUUUACUAUAUCUGGGGUGUUUACUGUACAUUGACCCUACUUACUGAUGGAUUAUAAGGGUCGGCCAUUAAUGCUGCAUAGCAGGUCACAUUAUUGCCACUGUAUGCGUUGGUGUUGAAAUGCACUGCUUUUGCCGUGCAGCAGGAUUUGUGUUCUGUGACAGAGCAUAGCUUGACUUGCACUUUAUUGUAACACUUUUUGGAGUUAGAAUGGAGUUGUGUUUUAUAAAGCUGGCUUUGCCAAACAGGAAUGAACCCUUUACAUCCUCUUUUAAUGUAAAAGUCACACCAUGUCUGUGAAUGAUUAUUCCUCCAUGCUCUUAAGUUGCUCCCUUUCUUUGUGCUCAAGACUAGCGACUUUAGGGGGUGGGGUGGGGGGGGGGGGGUUCUCCCUCAGAGGCCAACUUUACUUUUCUUAAUGACAUUGCACUUGUUUUUCCAUGCCAACAGUCCCAGCCGCCCACACCCUAGAGUUGCCAGUUCCGUCAGUCCCACUUCAUCUUGACAAACAGGCUGCGUCUGAGGUGCUGCACAUCCUCUGCUUCCUGUGCUAACACUGACUCAUAGGUGAAGAAGGAUUUCCCACAGUCUUAGUCACGUACACUAGCCUCAGACUGCACCUCCAGCCAUUCUACUCCUCCCUCCUCUCACGAUGCCGUCUCAUUCUGACACGAUGAUUAAUACCUGCUAUGACCGUAGUACAAUGUAAAAACUGAAACUGACGUAUUAUUGGCCAUUGAAUGAAACUUAAAAAUAAUAAUGCAUGAACGUAGCUGAGAAACUUACAAAUUGUUAGCAAAUAAUUUGCUAAUUCCAGUCCUCCACAGGUCACGUCACUGGCUCUAAGAAAUGAUUAUAGUGGUAGCUGGGGGGGGUGUCGUUAUGACUGAGCAUUGAGGCAUUACAUCACUAUCAAACAAACUGCACUAUUCAUCGCUCUUAAAAGGGCUUUGGAUGAAAGUCAAAUCAAUUCUGAAACCUAUUUAAAGUCCAUAUAAAUAAUGUAAAUACAUGUAUGUAGAUGAUAUAUACAUACAGAGCAAACCAUAUACCCUGAUUCAGUUUUGAUACACGAUAUGUAAAGGACAGAAACGUAAGAAACUGGAUUUGCCGUCGAUGCGCUGCUGCUCUCUUUCACAGCCAAAGCUUAUAAUGAAAGAGGGACGCAGCGCGGCUCGGCGCAGUGCUUUGGAUUCAUUUUCAGAGACGCGUUUGCUUCGCUACGUCCAUUUGUAUGUGAACAACACUAAAAACAAAAACAGCUGGAUUCAGUGUAGUGCCCCUUUGUGACCCUAACAAAAAAAAAUGCUCCUGUGCAUUUAAAUGUAAGAAUGAUUUUUAUUUUUUUUCGACACACGAGGAAAAGACAUUUGUGACCAUUGCGGGGUAAUCUUGGCGGGCAUGUGAAUGCCUCGUGACUACCACUGGUCUAUCUAUGCAUUAUCAGCCGAAAGGAUCAUUAACAGUGAUUUGUGUUUUUUGGGUAAUAGCAGCUCUCUCUGAUCCCGCUGUAACGGAGGGCUCCUUCGCUCUUAACAUCCUGGGUCUCCCACUUCUCAGGGUGCCAUAACAGUAGCUGUAACAUCCGAGACCUGACCUCUGCGGUCUGCAACAUGGCUGCAUCUACCUCCACCUGCCCUCUUUGUCCAGUCUGUUUGUGCUGGGGACUGGGGGGGAACAGAUUGGACAGAAGGGAGAAAAGAAGGUGGAAAUCGGGAGUGUUUUUUUCUCUCCUAACCAUGUCACAGGAGUGGAACCUGGCCUGGGAAAUUAACCUCUGUCCUUUUUUUGUCUGUACGUUAUAUGAGAAAAAAGAAAAUGACACGAUGUUCGAACACAUCACUAACAAAACAAUACUCUUUUUUUUAAUAUAACGCAGGUGCCGGAUAGCCUGUUAAUGACCUGUUUAUAAAGGAUUACAUGUAUUGUUAUAUACUGAUUAUUAUGAUUACUGUUAUUCUGUGGAUCCUAAUAACAACACUGGUCAAUGUGUACAGAUCAUGAGACGAGCCCUUUGCUUUUGGAUGGAGGGAGCUUUCCAGAGGGUCUGUCUGUUAUUGUCUCUUCAUAUCUGCAAAGUCAAACGUCCAAGGGAGUGGGUGUGGCUCCAUCUAGUGGAAGUUCACGUGCACUGAUGCAGGCAUUACUGUAGCCAUAUUGCAGGCAAAUGAAACUAAUUUGACAGGUUGUGAAAACUGUCAGCUCUGGCUUGCAGUUCCUCCCCGGAGUUGUUUUAUUUUAUACUCCCCCGACCGUGUAUGUGUGACAUGUGUGUGUGAGCUCUCCUGUAGGACCCAUACAAGCAUGAAACGUGUAUGUUGUCAACUUUACUUUCUCCCGCUCUGCACUGACGGGGGGCCCUGGUUGCGUCCCCCAGAGUGCCUCAUUAUCCCGGUCUGCGUGCUUGCAAUGAAUGCGCAUGAACACGGACAAGUUUGUUCCUGCGCUUGUAGCUCACCUGUCUGUCCAUCAUCAAUGUUCUGUGUAACAGACAGGCUCUCACACUCCUCAGUCUCCAGCAACGAUUGUGCAAUAAACUGAAGUCUAUAUUUUUAAA